AUGGCGGAUGAGAGAACUUUGAGAGAAUUUGCUACUUCUUAUUUAAAUCAGCAACCUCUUUGCAUCACAUACCCUGCUUUAGAUGUACCAUUUGAGUUAAAAUUUGGUUUAAUUCAUUUACUUCCUUCUUUUCAUGGGCUUCCAGGUGAAGAUCCUCACAAACAUCUAAAGGAAUUUCAUAUGGUAUGUUCGACCAUGAAGCCCCAAGGAGUCAUUGAGAAGCAAAUAAAAUUAAGAGAUUUUCCCUUUUCUUUAGCUGAUAAAGCAAAGGACUUGCUCUAUUAUCUGCCAUCUGGAUCAAUCACUACUUGGGCUGAGACGAAGACACAGUUCCUUAAAAAAUUGUUUCCUGCCUCCUGGGCUACAAGCAUUAGAAAAGAUAUCUGUGGGAUUAGACAAUUUAAUGGAGAGACGUUGCACGAGUAUUAG